CUCCCAAACAUGGCGGCCUACGAAAACAUGUGAAUUUUCGAAUAAAAUUGGUAUUUGUACAGGCUCGGAAGAUUUUCAAUAUGCCAACUGACACAAGAAGAAUAAAUGGACCUGAAAGUUCAAUCAGUCCAUACGCCUUUGUCAAAUCAAAGCAAUUAACUGAUAAAGCAGCAGAAAGUGGGCGUAGUGAUGGAAGGACAUUUGAAAAAGUUAGACCUAUUUUCUUGAAGACGGGUUUAAUCACACAGGCCCAGGGUUCAUCAUACAUAGAACAGGAUGGUACCAAGGUGAUUUGUGCUGUCUACGGCCCUCGCGCCGUUAUCAAGAGAGAAGAAUUUAGCAUGCAGGGUCAAAUGACUUGUGAGUUUAAGUUUGCGCCAUUCUCGUGUCGCCAACGGAGACAACACAUGCAGGACGCAGAGGAGAAGGAUUACUCUGUUCAGUUGUUGGAGGCAUUGGAACCAGCCGUUCUAUUGCACAAGUUUCCAAAAGCUCAAGUGAACAUCUACAUCACCGUGUUACAGAAUGAUGGAAGUGCGCUGGCGGCUUCAAUGACAUGCGCGUCCAUGGCUCUGGCUGAUGCUGGUAUUGAGAUGUAUGACCUCGUUACAGGAUGUUCUGCACGCAUUAAAGGAGACACUAUACUGAUGGACCCUUGCUCCUCAGAAGAAUAUUCAGACAAGGACAGUGCUACAGUGAACAACGGCAGUGUAACAGUUGGUAUCAUGCCUUCUCUCAACCAGAUCUCAGCUGUCACCUCCAAGGGGGAACUGCAUUUUGAACACCUCAGAAAGGCUAUCCGUCAGUGUGUGGAUGUGUGUAUCCAGCUGUACCCUGUGUGCCAACAGAGCCUCACAUCAGCUGUCGAGGACCUUAUACAGAAGGGGAGUGAUACCUGAGCAUGAUGCCAGGGACAUUGAACCGACAUGAUAGCAAUCCAUUCAUACACGUUGAUGAUAAAAGAUUCGAACAAUUUAUGAAAGUCAUUCAGUUUUUGUCAUUUAACACAGGCCAGCCUGCAGACUGUGACUCAUAGAGGCCAUUGGCUAUAUAAUUAUGUUUCAUCAAUGGAAUUCAUACUUUUAGUGCUUGAAAUUAAUUGGUCGUGUUUAUUAUCUUUAACAUGUUCUGGCCUAUCAUUCUAAUGCAAUUAUAUCAUACAAAAUAAACAUUUAAGUUUUA